CGUCACGGGUGUCGUUGGUCCAGUGGAUGUUGCUUACACUUCAACAAAAUGCCGCCCUCCAAAUCCACCCUUUUGUCCGUUAUCCUGCCGGUUUUCUUCGCCGGGAUGAUAGCCCGUCCCCCGGCCUUUGACGAGUACGCCCUGAGGCUAGCCGACCGGGUCCAGAGCGCCAACAUCACCGCCGAGGUGGUCUCCGAGAAAGUCGAACAGGUCGUCCACAGCUCAGGCUUCCGAUUCUUCUGUGUGUACGCUGCCGUCGCGAUGGUCACCUUCCUGGUGGUCAAGCUGUACAAGGCUUUCACUGAGCCGCUUGCCAUCUAUUGCAACGAGUCCAAGAUAGCAUAUUUCGUGGACGGCCCCUCCGACGGUAAGACGGCCCAGGAACGCGUUGGGGAUUUCAAGAGAGCCCGGAGAUUCGGCCAAUUGCCUCCCGUUUACCCGAAUGGCUGGAUGUCGAUCUUAAGGUCGGACGAAUUGAAGAAGGCGGCACACAAAUUCGUCCAUGUGGCGGGCAAGAACCUGGUCGCGUUCCGGGGCGAGAGUGGAAAGGCCUACAUCGUGGACGCCUACUGCGCCCAUCUCGGGGCUAACCUAGCUGUGGGUGGCUCGGUGCAGGGCGAGUGCAUUGAAUGCCCCUUCCACGGCUGGCAGUACAGGGGAAGCGACGGCAAGUGCGUCAAGAUCGGGUACGCCGAAAAAGUCCCUGAAUUUGCCAAGAUCCCAACCUACCACUCCUGCGAGGUGAACCAGCGAAUCUACUUCUGGCACCACGCCGAAGGCAAGGAGCCAGACUGGGAAGUUCCAGCCAUUGAAGGUAUUGAUGAUGGAACACUCCAGUACAUUGGAUUCACAGUUUGUGAACUUGACAGCCACAACGAGGACACGCCCGAAAAUGGCGCCGAUGUUGCCCAUCUAGACUACCUCCAUGGCCCGAGAUCCUUCACCGGUCAUGUAAGCUUUUCAGAUGUCAGCUGGGAGCCGCACCCUACCGAAAAGCAUGUGGCCGUACUUCGCAUGACCAGCAACCCGUCGAAACUGCUUGGAAUAAUCACCGUUCCCCGUGAAACCUUUCAAAUCGAUCAGGUCGGGCCCUGCUUCGCUCAUUUCAAUGCGAACAGUCCCUUGUUGGGGAAGCUUGUGUUGAUCAUAGCCGUCACACCCGUCGGGCCGAUGAGACAGCGGAUCGUCACUACCGGUUUCACCCAGAAAGGGCUGUUGUCCUUCUAUAUCGGCAAGAGGGCCUUGGCUGAGCAAUACUACCAGAUUGAGGGUGAUCUCCCCGUGUGGGCCAACAAGAAGUACCUCCGUAACGCCAUGUUGGUGAAGGAGGAUCACCUGAUCGCGAAGCACCGUCGCUUCUUCACCCAGUUCUACUCCGAGAACAGCCCCAAGUACGACCCAUACAAAGAAUCGACUGAGUGGUGAAUGCAAGAGACUUGAAAGGAGAUGUGAUGGAAACGUAUGAGUUAACUGUUUUCUAACACCAGUUCUGUUUUUUUGUUUGUUUGGGUUUAUUUGGGUUUUUAUAUUUAUGUAGGUUGCCUCUGGCUGUUGAACCAUAAGCACUGGUUACAAAAUACCAGUUUGAUUCUGCUUGAAAACAUUGAUUCGUCAUGAUUUACGUAUGCACUUAUUAAUGUGGGGGCUAAGUGGUAAAGUUUUAUUCUAAUUUAACACUUUUUCUCAAUUUUAAUAAUUUUCAGUUGUGCAUAAUUAUUACAACUACCUGCUUGUCUCUCUUCGUUUCUGUUUUCAAGAAGACAAGACGACAGAAAUCUUUCCUUGCUUACAAAAUUUGAUAUAAACGUGAAUAUUGGCAUAUACAAUUUCACCAAUUACAUUGCUUCCUUGAAUAAAUUUUCUUUCUUCCACCUUUUGAUAAAAUUCUCACUUUGUUCGGUAAUGAUUUAUUUUUGAGGGCGACUGAACAACAACAACAUUUUACAUAUCCCUAAUUUUGAAAAUCUAUACACUUUCCAGAUUUUAUUUCAGGAUGUCUCUUUAAUAAAUAUCAAACUAUUGUGACUAAUACUAUACAGGUUAGGACCUAUGUUGUUUGUUUCAUUUGAAGAAGGAAAUAAUUAUGCUUUGAAACAUAGGCCUAUGUUUUAUUAAGUCAUCACCACAAUGCAAACAGUGGAAAUUAGUGGGUUCAUCAGCAGCUAUAGGCCCCUUAUCAGGGGGCAGCCAUUCAAAGCAAUGUAACCAAACUGAUCGGGAAGGAAAAAGAGGCUGUUCCCUUUUAUCAAUAUGUUAAGUUCUAUUGCUAUUGUGUAUUGGUCUACAGAGAAGAAAACAGGAUCAUGAUAAAGGUCUAAGCUGCAAAAGAACUCACCCAUAGAAAAGUAGAUUGUGUGGAAUGAAACUAUUGAAAUUAUUUUCUGCUUUGUUGAUAACGUUUAUUUCAGUAAAUGUUUAUGAAUAUUGUUUCAGGCUUCCUAACUUGUGGCGCUUGCUCAGCAUCAACGUUACUGGGAGAAUUUCUGCUUUCGUAUAAUAAUAAUGACUAGCUCAUAAUGCCAAAUAAUAGAUAUAAUAUAUCUUCCAUAGGUUAAUAACAAUUGCCAUUCUCUGUAAAUUUAUGUUAAAUGAUGAGCGAAAAUAAAGCAUCUGAAUUCCGAUAUGAUGUAUUAGCCA